CCGGAUAAUAAUCUCAGUAAAAAGUUAUACUAUUAGAACAGCAGUGCAUCGAAGUGUACAGUGCACCUUAAGAAACCCCUGCGUUGGAUGUGAUUGGCAAAGACAUUAUUCUAUCCUUGGUACCCUGCCGUUCCGGGAUUACAGUGACGUCACGCUGAUACCCUUGCAUGGAUGAAUGCUAAAGAACUAUAGAGCCACAAAUAAUAGCACAAGCAGAGUCCAUAUCUUGGAAGACUUACGUUAUCCUUUAAGCCUCCUUCAGCUAACACAACAACAUUUUUUCACUUAAUGACGCUUAAUUUCAUUUCUUAUCGGGUCCUAGGAGGGAUUAUUCAUUCAUAUAAAACAAUCUCCAGCUGGUGCCAGCCUAAAGUCUCCCUCCUUUGAGUGAAGUCAUCUAUUAUUGAGCGAAAGGCCGUGCGUGGAAAUGUGUGGAAGACGGUGGAUUUGAAGUAGAAUUGGUUGCAAUCGAUCAAGGGUGAAGAAUAUUCCUGAUGGUAACAAAAGAAGCAGCUAUGUCUUUCUCGCAGUUUGGAUACCCUUACAACGCAACUUCACAGUUUUUCGUGUCGGCAAACCCCAGUACGACUUGCUGCGAUUCGAUUUCCAGGUCGGUCUCUGACGGGACAGGCGGCUCCCAGACCGCCGCGGCCGCUGCGUCCUUCUGCUGCCCGUCCUACGAGAACCGGCUCCUGGCGAGCAGCCGGACGGAGCUGAACGCCGCGCUGGGGAUGUACAGCUCUCCUUACGCCGCCGCGGCCGCAGCCAGCCAGAACUACGCCAACUACUUCCCCUACAGCACCGACCCGUCCGCUAUCUACUCUACUCUGAAUCCACAAUAUGACAUCAAGGACAGCACAGGCACUUUGCACUCUGGCAUCACACAAACUGCUGCAUAUUAUCCCUACGAUCAUUCACUGGGACAGUAUCAAUAUGACAGAUACGGGACAGUAGACUUCAAUGGCACAGCUCGAAGAAAGAAUGCCACACGUGAAACUACUAGCACCCUGAAAACUUGGUUGUAUGAGCACCGGAAGAAUCCCUACCCCACGAAAGGAGAGAAGAUCAUGCUUGCCAUCAUAACUAAAAUGACCCUUACCCAGGUGUCCACCUGGUUCGCCAACGCCAGGAGGAGGUUAAAGAAAGAGAACAAGAUGACCUGGUCGCCAAAGAAUAAGGCCAAUGACGACAGGAAGGACGACCUUAACAAGAGUGACCAGGACUGUGUCACCAAAGAUUCCAUUGAUUGCAAAGAGGAGAAGGAUCUCCAUCUGAGUGACUUGGACGACAUGGACGACGACGACUGUGACAAGCUGGACAGUGACUGUGAAAAGGGGGCGGCAGAUGAGCAGGGCCUCCAAAGGGCCGUAUCUGGAGCGCCUCACAAAAGGGACUGCAGCUCUGAGCUGCACCUGAGUUUAACUAACAGCUUUCACUCAUUCCCCUGCGCCGUAAAAAGUGUCACCGCUCUGCCCCCUCUCCAGUCCGAUUUCCUGGAUCAUGCUGUGUCCAAGGCAGCCUCUCUCACUGGCCCAUCGGCAGGUACAGUGUCCCUGUCUCACUUUGAAGCAUCAGACAAGCCACGGAUUUGGUCUUUGGCCCGAACAGCGGCUUCAGGGGUCAUACUAAGCCCUCAGGAGCAUACCCCUGAGCUGAGGACAGGAAACUCAACUGGGGACUGCCAGCUACAGAGCACCGGACUUUCAGAGGUUCCUUCUGGACAAUGUGGUACCAUGAGGGGCCUCCAUGACUCAACCAGUGUGAGCAGCGCAGACAGCCCAUUCCCUGAUGGCUCAUCCUUGCACUCCAAAGUUUACGGCACAAACAGCUACACUCACAAAGGCCUCCAACUUCAAUGUCCAUCCUACACUGCACUCCCAGAUACAUGUCAGUACUCCGCAAUGGAAGGAUUCCCUGGUGGCAAAGCAGAGAUUCAUUCGUCUGACCUCAGUGAAGCCUGUGGGACCAUGCAGGAUGACAAGGGCACUGCGUUUAGACUGGUCAUGAAGAGGUGAAGCAGAGUCAACUGGAGAGUGUGAGACAUUGAGUAAUGGGAGGUUUAUUAUGCACUAGAGGACACGCUGGUCGAGUAGCGGCCUCAGUCUGACACACGGAGCUGCUGCUGUGACAGCCGUCAAACUGUGGACUUGACUAUCAUUUUGCACAACAGUGUUUUUAUGGUGUUAAAGACUUUAUGCAAAAAAAUAAAAACACAUUCUAGAUGCAAAAGUACGACAAUGACACGAUUGGAAUCGGCUGGAUUUGUGUAAGGCAAUCUCCUAGUGUAGACAACUUAUUUAUUUCUCUGUGUAUUUAUGAUUUUGUUUUGACGUCUGUUUGGUUAUUAUUUAACGUGCUGGUUUGUUGGAUUUGUAUCUCCUUUCAGUGUUUUAUUAUAUGUAUUGUUAUGUGGCUUCGUGUCAUUUUGCCGGAUGUAAAAGAAAAAAAACGCUAUAGCAAAAUUGGACUGGAUCUGUCGUGUUGCGCUUGCACUGAGUUUAUUUAUUUAUUUAU